GAUUCGCUCAAAGUUUGAUAUAUUAUUACUCAUUUCACAAAGUGAAAAUAUUGUUCUUCAGAUUUGCCACACCAAAUGUUGUUUUGAUGAUUGUGGCUUACACAUUAUGAAAACCACAAGUUCUGGCAAAGAGAUCAUCAACCUGUGGUUCUGCUGGGUGUAACGGAAACCAAGGGUGCUUUGACAGCAGCCUUCAGUUCAUCUGCAUUGUUGGGUCUGGUGUCUCGUCUUCCUCUUGACUCUAUAGUGUCUAAGUGGGAUCGGAUCAGAUCGGAUCAGGUCAGGUCAGUUUGUCGGUCUCAUCAAGAACAGCAACACCAUGAUUGUCAAAGAAGCAUGCGGUGAGGCAGAGGUCUACCUUGAAGCAGGCAUUGACGGUUUGAUCAUUGAAAACAUGCACGAUGUCCCAUACUCGUUCAACGUGGGCCCUGAAGUGUGCGCCUGUAUGACUGCGGUCUGCUCUGCUGUCAGACAUGUCUGCCCUACUCUGCCCCUUGGAGUCCAGAUCCUAUCUUCUGCCAACCAGCAAGCAUUAGCUGUAGCUUUGGCUUCAGGUCUGGAUUUCAUCAGAGCAGAGGGUUUUGUCUUUUCUCAUGUGGCAGACGAGGGUCUUCUGAAUGCCUGCGCCGGGGACCUUUUGAGAUAUCGCAAGCAGAUUGGAGCUGAUGGGGUUCAGAUCUUCACUGACAUCAAGAAGAAACACAGCUCUCAUGCUCUGACAGCUGAUGUGACUAUAAAGGAGACGGCCCGAGCUGCCGAGUUCUUCCUCUCAGACGGAGUCAUCAUCACUGGGGCAGCGACCGGAGAUCAGGCUGACCCAUGUGAGCUCACAGAGGUCUCCCAGUCUGUGAAAAUCCCAGUGCUCAUCGGUUCUGGAGUGACAUACAACAACGUUGAAAACUUCCUGGAUGCCCGUGGAAUGAUCAUUGGAUCUCAUUUUAAACUUGGUGGCCACUGGGCCAAUGCAAUUGAUCCAGAUAGAGUCAAGAGGUUCAUGGCAAAAAUGCAUCACCUGCGAAAGCCACAGAGCUAGUUCUCACCAUCACUAAGCUGCUGAUAAAAUAAAGAUAACUGCGUUUAUUUUAAAGCCUAAAAACAAAAGUGAAAGUGCUUUUCUUUCAUUUGAAAAUGAAAUGAUUUUAAUAAGCUAAGCUAAAUAAACUAAUUUGUUUCAUGUAGCUUUUGUGACUCUAAACAAAAUUUGUUAUUCUGGACCAAAGGGAAAACCGGUUGUUUGGGUUGUGGAGGUCGCUGACCUCUCUUCUAGAUGUUUAUGUGCUUCCUAAGUGGCUGUUGGAAAACUACAAACGGGUUUUCAUGUUUUUUCAAAGCAUAGACAAUCAGAUUGGUAAGACAACAAUUGUACUGUCAUUAAUAGACCAUCAGAUAAAAAAUAUAAAAACAUUUAUUAAUUUUUAUGUUGUUUUUCUUUACAUGAAUGCUGUACAGGUCAAUACACUUAGAAAAUGAACACACUAUCAAAGAACAAGCCACUGCAAUGCAUAAUAAAUCUUAAAUGUUUCAUUUCUGAACAAACUUUC